AUGAGAAAUUAAGGAACCGACAGAUAGACAUGUCAAAAUGGGUAUAAUUUAGUGGAUCAACCCAAACCAAACCAACCCAUGGACUUUAAUGAGUCAAGAAUUUGGAUCUUAUUAUAUAAUUGGGUUUAAUGGAUAGUGGGUUUAAUAAGUUUGGUUUAGAAUGGGUUGGACUAAUAUGAGUUAAUGAAUAAUCCAAAUCAAACCAAUUUCUUCUUUAAUUCCAUUUAAAAAAUUUAGAAGCGGUGACGAUCCUCUCGAAAGCUCCGACGAUUUCGCCUUCGGCGACCCUUUAAGCUUCGGCGGCGAUCCUCUCAAUCACCCUCUUCGGCCGAGACCCUCUCUAUUUCACCCUCUUCGGCCGUGACCCUCUCGAUCUCUUUGAUUGAUCUCGAUCUCUUCAAUUGAUCUCUAUCGUUUCUCAUCUCGUCACUUGCCAUAUCUCGUCAUCUAAGAGGUUCAAUCGUUAUAUUCGUUUGUCUAAAAAUGAUGAACAAUGAUGAAGAGUGUCUUCCAAGUGGUGAGAUGGUUAUUAUUCGCUCAAGGCCAAAUGAAGUAGAAGAAACUGGAAGUAGCCAAACAACAUCACGCAUACUCCUAAAGAAAUGUGUGCUCCAAGAGGCUUUUGCUAGCACUAGUCAUGGGGAAAGCUGUAAACGUAUCAGUAAGGCAAAGGGAGUUUAUUAUUAAAGACAACAAUGACAAGAAUAAUUCCAUAGAGAUGUUCACAUGAUGUUGUUUUUUAAUGAAAAUACUAUGUUUUAAUUUUAUGUUUUAUAAUUUUAUUAAUUUUAACAAUUUACUUAUAAAUUUGCAUAAUACUAUUUUAGACAGUGUUAAUGAUAUUUUUAUUUGAAAAAAAUUAUAUAAAUUUCUCCUUAUUUUAAUUGAUUUGUAAUAUUGAUACUAUAUAAUAGUGAGUCAACUCAUUAAAACCAUUAAUCCAUUAUUUUAAAUGAGUUAUGGGUUGAUCCAAACCAUUAACUAAAUGGAUUAGGUUUAUCCAUUAACCAUUAACUAAAUGGUUCAUAUGGUUAUGGAUUGGUUUGAGUUGGAUUAUCCAUUUUGACACCUCUACCGACAGAUAAUGUUUAUUUUACGGAUCAAAAAAUUACAAAAUAUUAUUAAAUGCGUACAUUUUCUGGAAGUAAGAUUCAACAGAUCCACGCGUAUUGCUUAUUUUACUAAGAUUUUAAAAUUUGGUUACAAAACUGAUCAUAAACGUUUAGGUACUUUGCUAAUUUGAGAAUUUGAUUAAAUAUAACAUAAUAAUAAAAGAUCGUUAGCCGAUCAAAGAGGAGAGCCAAAUAUAACUUAACAAAUAUAGAUCUAACCACCAAGCGGAAAAAAUGGGCAAGAUCAAACCUGAAAACGAGGUUAAAACCCCAAUUCCAAAGUAGCAGAAUUAACGACCACAUAAUAAUUAAAAAGGCAAAACCGCACUCUAUCUGUCUAACCCUUUUUGUAUCCUCAACAAAAUCAAUCUCUCAUUUGUUCUUCUGCACAAUAUCUAUCACUUUAUAUUUCUCCCUCUCCUUUCAUAAGGAAAGGUCGUAGAAGAAACCAAAAACUAAAGCAAAUAGCUUUCAUAGAACUCAUCUAUACCAAAAAAACCCAAAAAUAUACAUAUAAAAUGGGUGGUGUUAAGUUGUUACUCAUAUUUGGUCUCUUGAUCUUAGCUAUGGUAGCUACAUCCGUCAAUGCGACCUACCCAUUGACUAAAUCUUGCAUCAACGGGCAAGGUUGUAUCGGAGAUGAUGAUGAACUAGAAUCUCUAAUGGAUUCAGAGACAAACCGACGUCAACUCGCUAGAGGACGUCGUUACAUUGGCUAUGAUGCUCUUAAAAAGAAUAAUGUUCCUUGUAAUAGACGUGGUAGAUCUUACUACGAUUGCAAGAAGAGGAGAAGGAAUAAUCCUUAUAGGCGUGGAUGCAGUGCGAUCACGCAUUGCUAUAGGUACGCUAAGUGAUAACAAAAUGAUAGGGAAGAGGAUUGGAUUCAACACCGUUCGAUCUUCAUUCUUCAUUCUUGAUCGUUAAUGAUUUUCUUUCGUAAUGUACUCUAUGAUUCUAAGAUUGCAAUUAUUUUUGUUGUAUUUUCUUUCUUUAUCUAAUCAUAUCAUUCUGAUGCAUAUACAAGCUUUUGAUUCUUCGAUAUAUAUCGGCUAUUUUCCUUUGUUGUUGUCCGUUUAUUUCGUUUCGUUCAAAUAUUAAGUUUCGUUUGUCUAUAUAUUAUGUAUACAUCAUGAUAUUUUAGUACAUUAAAAUUAAGCUUUUUUUUUAUAAACGAGGGCCCCAAACUGGAACUCUUUUUGAUGUUGAUAAUUUAUAAAUCCAACUUGAUCGAAUUAGUAGAUGGAGUAUCAAGAACAUGUGGUAGACAAAUGUUCGAGGAAAAAAAAAGAACAUGUGGUAGUUGGAUUGAUGAAAAAUAACUAUGCCCAAAACUUAUGUUAUCAGUGUGUACUUAUUGAAUUAACAAAAAAAAACAGAAAUUAGUCAGAAAUUUAUCAGAAAUUAGUUUUAAAUAAGUUUUCUUUACAAAAAAUUUUGAAUUGAUUUUUCAAUAUAAAAGACUUUAUGAUUAUAAUAUCAAUGAGUUGCUGUGGUUUAAUGGUCAUGGAUCGAAAUCAACACAAUAAUAACACAAGAGGUUUAUCUAGCCUUGACACAUCAGCUUUUUAAGGCUCUAUAAAACUGCCACAUCAAUUAAUGAAAAAACCUAAAAAACCAAUGAAAACAUUUUAUUUGUCCACAUCAUUGUAUACAUAAGCUUCUCUUCUUUUCUUAAUAUGUUUUAAUAUGUCAUCCAAGCAAUGUUCUGCACAAACGCCCGCGAUCAAACAAGCUCAUCGUCCCCCCAUGUCAUAUAUUGUUUACAGUCAGAUUUCUAGAAGAGAGUGGCAUAUUCAGAUGCCCGUUCACCAUUAUGCACAUGAGAAGCCUGCUGAAAGAUACCCGAUCCGUGUUUGAAGAUCAAUCUCGAGGUUUUUUGGAUGGAAAAGGAUCAGUAUCUGUGGCCUUUGCUUCGUUGAUGAAGAUGAAGUUGCGUUAAGUGAAACCAUCGUCCAUGCUACCAUCACCAGAUGCUCCAACGACAACUUGUUCUGGCUAUCAUAACAUUCGGUGACUAUGUGAUUGAUAUCGGAGCCGAACCUUUUCAGAGCUGCAACACUUCUUUAUUAAGUAUCCCCACCUUAUCUAAGUCCAAAGAUUCAGGCAACAACCUUUGCACUGGUAUGAAUUUCACUUAUGCAACUUCAUGUUAUGACGACAAUGCAGCUCUCUUAUCAUUGUGAGUGACUGUUCUUUUUCUUUUUUACAUUCUUUUUUUUUUGAAUGAAUGUUAAAUUUAUUCAACUCAAAAACCUUUUUACAAUGAAUGCAUUAUGUUUUCUAUUUGUAAUCUAGAUUAACAAAAGCUUCUGAAAGAAUAUGUUAUCGAGCUUUCAACCAUCUACUCGUAUUGUCUUCAUGUCCUUCUCUUCCCAGCAACCUGAUCAUGGAGAUCUUGUUCUUGAUGUGUUUUUCAAUGUGGCACUGCAUUUGUGUCACAGUUUGUGACAGGUCACCAUGAUUUGUUACAUUAUUUUUUUGAUCUCUUUUUUUUUUUUGUAUAUACUAUUUUUUUCUUUGCAGCACGCAAUUCCAUUGUAUCAUCAAGUUGAGUGUUUCAAGGAAUAUAAGAGCAAACUCAUAAAAGUUGCAGGAAGCAAACAAUUUUUGAUUCACUUUAUUUCGUUUUUGUUGUUCUUACUUUCUAUGUGGUUUUCAGCAUAAAGUUAAGAUCAAGGUGGACAAGUAUAUAUCUGUAUUUCAUAAAAAAUUUAAAACCUUGUUAAGGGAUCGUUAAACCCUUCAGAAAUGGUAAAACUUACUCUCAUGGAAACCAUUUUCUCCUGAUUAUUGAUGUGGUGAUGAUGUGAAAGCAUGUUAAGAAAAACGGUUGCAAGUGCUUGUUUAACAUGUAAUGCAAUCUUUAUAUGUAAAAUAGACUUUUUCCAUUUUUCUUACAAGUGUCAUGGGAGAAUUCUGACACCUGUUCCUCAAGAAAAUUCACUUAAAAAAAUUAAAAACUAUACAAUACAUGUUGCUUACUGUGUACAAUACUAUACAAUUUAACAAACCAAACCACAUACAAUAUAUUGGUUUGAAUUUAUACUAAAGAUAUCCAAUAUACAAUCUAUUCACAAGCGAAUAUACAAGAUUCGACAGCUUACCGUGAUGAAUAAAAAUUCCAGUAUACAAUAUUUUCUAUAUAAAGAUAUACAAUAUACAAGAUAUUCACAAACAUAUCUAUUGUGAUAUUAUAACCCAUAAUUGACUAGAUUUUAACGAAAGAUAAUAAAAAAAUACACCAUAUUAAUAUAUCAUAUUAUUUUAUUAACUAAACAUUCUUUUGUUUGCAUUAUAUUUAACAUUCGACUAAAUUUUAUAAAGCAUAUAAUAUUAUAUUAUAAGUGACCAUAGCAAAAUAUGACAUAUAAAAAGGACAACAAUUCUAAAAUAAAAAUAAAAAACAAAAACAUAUGUUUGCCCCAGAUUUUCGUUGUCCAAAUAAUAAAUUUAAAAUAAUACUAGAGUGAAUUUACUUAGUAAACUUAUUGACAUAAAAUAGAAAACAUAGCUAUUGUGAUAUUGUAACCAAUAAUUGCUAGGUUUUGGACAAAAAAAUACUAAAAAGACCAUAUUGAUAUAUCAUAUUAUAUUAUUAACGAUCCAUUCUUCGAUUUGCAUAUGAUUUAACAUUUAACAUAUUUUAAAAAUAAUAUUAUUUAGAUAUGAUUUUUUGACUUUUUAAAACCAAUUUAGUGAAUUCCUAAUUGUAACAGUUACUAGUGUACUAUACCACCUUUAAUACAAAUGGCUUUAACAUUACACACAUAAAAAUAAAAUACAAACAUUUUUUCAUGAAAAAAUAAUUAUCAACAAUCCCGCUCGUAGCUAAAAUAAAAAUAAAAAACAAAAACAUAUGUUUGCCCCAGAUUUUCGUUGUCCAAAUAAUAAAUUUAAAAUAAUACUAGAGUGAAUUUACUUAGUAAACUUAUUGACAUAAAAUAGAAAACAUAGCUAUUGUGAUAUUGUAACCAAUAAUUGCUAGGUUUUGGACAAAAAAAAUACUAAAAAGACCAUAUUGAUAUAUCAUAUUAUAUUAUUAACGAUCCAUUCUUCGAUUUGCAUAUGAUUUAACAUUUAACAUAUUUACAUAUGAUUUAACAUUUAACAUAUUUUAAAAAUAAUAUUAUUUAGAUAUGAUUUUUUGACUUUUUAAAACCAAUUUAGUGAAUUCCUAAUUGUAACAGUUACUAGUGUACUAUACCACCUUUAAUACAAAUGGCUUUAACAUUACACACAUAAAAAUAAAAUACAAACAUUUUUUCAUGAAAAAAUAAUUAUCAACAAUCCCGCUCGUAGCGCAGACACCCCCCCCCCCCCCUAGUAUCUCUGAAAUCUGAUUUAAGUCCUAGCAGAACAGAAGUCCCCGUUAAAACAGUGUAUUUUUUUCUGAAGAAAAUUUGAUUCAGUUUUGUCUUGCAAAUUACAAGAAAGUGUGCGAGAAUAGAUGGACAAUUUUCACAAAGGGUCGUGCACUAUAACAUGUGUCCCGCUCAAUUGAUGAAAAGUUGUUUUCUUUCUAUGCUUAGACAGCAAAAUAGUUUAAUUUUGUGUAGAAGGUUAAAUGUCCACAACAGUCCAAACACACUGAUCUACAUAACAAUAUAAUUUUCUUUCAAUUUCUUAAAAAUAAACAUUACUCAGGAAACAUUAGCACAAAACUAUCAGUUAUGAAAUAGCACAGACUUGCAUCGGAAUCAAAUAACAUAUUGGAUAGAUAAAAUGGUAUCUCACUAACAACAAAAAAACACACAAUUAAAGGGGAAAAACUCAUUUAGCACCAAACAUUGCAGAGAAAUAGUAUCAGCAUUGAACAACUAGAAACCAAAUAAACUUUCCUCAUCAAAUACAGCUUGAAGAUUAAAAAAAAGGGUGUUAAUUUGGAAGGAUACUCCACAAAAUGAACUUACGGAAAAUAGCAACGAAUACAUAGAAGAAAUAUGACUUGUAUUCAAGGCUACAUCAGUAUUAUAUAAACAAAAUAAUUAAUAGAAAUUUAAACUUUUUUUGAUAUCUAACUAAUAAGAAUUUUACUUCUAUUUAAAUUAAUUAAAUAAAAUAAAAAGUUAUGUGAAGAACUGAUUUUUACAAUGUAUUUCUACCAGCACACAAAUAUAGUAUUAACAUAGAAAUAAAUUUGAGCAAACUUCAUAGUAAACAAAAACAAAACUAUAC